UAUACAUAUAUAUAGCCCAUUCAAUAUGCGUCUGCCCUAUCGCAAUAAAAAAGUCACCCUUUGGGUGCUCUUCGGCAUCAUCGUUGUCACCAUGUUCCUAUUCAAAUUCACUGAACUGCGGCCGACAUGUCUAUUUAAGGUUGAUGCGGCAAAUGAUUUGCCAUCCCAGAUGGUACGAGUUGAGAAAUACCUCACAGAUGACAAUCAACACGUUUAUUCAUACAACCGAGAGAUGCCAUUAAUAUUCAUAGGCGGUGUACCAAGAUCUGGAACGACAUUGAUGCGCGCCAUGUUGGAUGCGCAUCCCGAUGUGCGUUGCGGGCAGGAGACGCGCGUCAUACCGCGAAUUCUGCAGUUGCGCUCACAUUGGCUAAAGUCCGAAAAGGAAUCGCUGCGCCUGCAGGAGGCUGGCAUCACCAAAGAGGUCAUGAAUAGUGCCAUUGCACAGUUUUGCCUGGAAAUCAUAGCAAAACAUGGCGAACCGGCGCCACGUUUAUGUAACAAGGACCCAUUGACGCUGAAAAUGGGCUCCUAUGUAAUCGAACUGUUUCCGAACGCAAAAUUUCUAUUCAUGGUACGGGAUGGACGAGCCACAGUUCAUUCGAUUAUCUCGCGCAAGGUGACAAUCACCGGUUUCGAUUUGACCAGCUACCGGCAGUGUAUGCAGAAAUGGAAUCAUGCCAUCGAGGUGAUGCACGAACAGUGCCGGGACAUUGGCAAAGAGCGCUGCAUGAUGGUUUAUUACGAACAGCUUGUAUUGCAUCCGGAGGAAUGGAUGCGUAAAAUAUUAAAAUUCUUGGAUGUGCCAUGGAACGAUGCAGUCCUGCAUCACGAGGAGUUCAUCAAUAAGCCCAACGGUGUGCCGCUAUCCAAAGUGGAGCGCUCAUCGGAUCAGGUCAUCAAGCCUGUAAAUUUGGAGGCCUUGUCGAAAUGGGUGGGACAAAUGCCCAACGAUGUGGUGCGAGACAUGGCAGACAUUGCACCGAUGCUGUCUGUGCUCGGUUAUGAUCCGUAUGCAAAUCCGCCGGACUAUGGUAAGCCAGAUGCUUGGGUGCAGGACAAUACGUCUAAGCUAAAAGCGAACCGCAUGCUGUGGGAAAGUAAGGCCAAACAAGUGUUGCAGCUGCUGCCUGUGGAUGACAAGGAUCUGAAAUCAGAUGAGCAUAAUGUGCAUAACAGCAUCAACAACAACAACAAUAAUAAUAAUAACAACAACAACAUCAACAACAAUAAUGAAAUUGAAAAUAAUGGCAAUGAUGUCGACAACAACAUAAACAACAUGUACAAUAUCAAUAAAAAUGUAGCACCAGCAGUGCAACAACAACAACAGCAGCAGCAACAACAACAACAACGACAACAAUAUGAGCAGGAACAGCUGCAGCUGCAGCAACAACAACUUCAGCAACAACACUCACAAAGAAUGUCACCGGCAGUGCAACAAUAUAAAAAACCAAAGGAUGUUAUAACGAUAAAGCAGCUUAGCAACAGGCAUUACAACAACAAAAACAAUGCUGCCAGCUCAUUGUUGGAAGAAACAUGAUAUCCGCAUAUACCCAUACGUCUGCCUCGCAGCAAACAUUGAGGCAAACACACACAGACAAACACAUCAAGUGCGCCUUCAAUGGUUAUAGUAAUGGCGGUGGCCGGUGACCGGAAACCGGAAAUCAAAUGCAACUGCAACACACAAAUGACAAACAAACAAACAAACAAACAAUGAAAAAUUACAGCAACUUCGACAGCAGCAGCCGACGUAAGUAAUCGUAAUAGUAAUAGAUUUCUAGCGCAAAUGCCGAAUUCAAAAACCAACAACAACAUCUACGAUAUAGUUACCUAAUCUGAAUUGUAUUAUGUAUAACAAUUGCUAAAUACACGCAUACACACACAUAGCUAUGCAUGUGUUGCUUUUAACUGUUGAAUGUUGUGAGCAAAUUUACCAAAAAAAAAAACAAAACAAACUAAUAAUAAAAAUAUAUAAUAAUAAUAAUACUAAUAAUAAUAAAAAAAGAGAAAAUCGUACAACCUAACACUUAAGCAGUUUACAGCGAAACAAAACAACAACUACAAAAAAAGAGGGAAAGUGCAUUUCUAUAUAAACAUAUACACUAUAUAUGUAUGUAUACAAUAUUAUAUACGCAGACAUACAUAAGCUGCGUUCCAAGGUAAACAGGACUUUUAAAAAGACAGAAUUUAGUUUAUUUCGUACAACAUUUUGCACUUUCAAAAAGCCGUUGGCGCGCAGGUCCUUUAGCAUGCUGGUACAAGCCUUUUCAAUUGAUGUCCUUUUAGCUUGUUUCCUUCCAACAGCAAAUGCCAUUUUCCAAAAAGGUAUGAGACUAUGGCGAGCAGAUUUAUCAAAAAAAAAAAAAAAAAAAAUCAAUCACAUGUGUCGAACAAUGAGACCGUUUUUUGAUUCCAUUUUUUUGAAGAUAUUUAUUUCCAUUAAUUUCAUCGCAAAAUUUCGCUGAUUUCUGGACAAAUUUGCUUCUCAAAUUGUAAUCUCAAGUGUAAGCCGUCAUUCGAGAUAAACAAUUAACACCUUAAGUUUGUUCGAGAAAGGUUUUAACGAAUCUAAAAUUGAACUUAAUAUUAUUAAUUCGUCAUCUCCGUGCUAUCGGUGCACAAACACAGUGUGCGACCAACCGGCUGCUAUCUAUCCAUUCCAUUGUAAUAAAAUUUCUAUUAAUAUGUGGAAUAUAUUUGUCUUUUGUACUUUUUGUAUAUAAGUCCUGUUUACUUUAGAGUGCACCUUGCAUGUAUGUACAUGUGUAUGUUUGUGUGCAGAAGACAGACCACCAAUAAAGAAGAAAUUUAAUUAAAAACUGAAAGCAUAUGCAGCAUACGAAUAUGCAUACUUAUUGCGCUCACUUUAAAUGCCAGAAUUGUUUAAAUGCGAAAGCAAACGUGUUGCCUUUUAACAUUUUUAUUGCAAAGAGUUGAGCUCUUUUAGUUCGUAGGCCUCUCAGCUCUGGACAGAUAUUUUCUCUGUAAUUACUUAAAACAUUUAUUUAAUAUUUGAGCGCCCUAUGCACUGGAAAGCCCAACUCUGUUAAACUUUUAAUUGUUAAUUUUUUUUUUUGUUUAAAGACAACGAACUCUAGACGAAAGCUCUGAAAGCUUCUUAAUUUAGUGUAAUAAAUGGCCUUUAAAAGGCAUUUUGGAAUCUCUACAAAUGAUUCGUUUUUUAAAUAAAUUAAAAGCAACAUAACUAACACAGUGCUGCGCGAUUUCCGAUAGCAUUAUCGAUUGUCCCAUUAUAUCUUUUUUUUAAUCUUAGAGCCAUAAUCGUUUAAGUAAUUGAAAUACUAUAUCUCAGUUUCAAUUGAGUCGAUAAAGAAACCUAAAUUGAAGAACUUAUUUUUUUAUCCCAGAUGCACCUAUUUUUAAUUUUUCCUACAAAAUAAAAAAAAAUCGUUAAUAAUAUAAGCUUUUUGUACUUACGCACUUUAAGUGGAAAGAAAAGGAAUGCACUAAAUAAAGAGGUUAAAGGAUAAAUGUACUUUAUGUAUAGGUAGCCACCAUCCAUUCUGCUAUCAAUAGUCGCGCAAACUGUGUGUUUUGAAAAUAUAUCUCUACUGUGCAACUUCUUUAUUUUUGUUUGACUCUAGUUAAGUUUUAGCUAUAGCUGACUACUUCAUGCAAGUUAUCGAUAAAACUAUAGAUAGUGCUAACAGUCUUUGAUUAGUUGGUUUUGAUGCUACAAAUAGUUAUGUUGCCAUAGCCAAGAAAACAUUCUUUCUAAUCGAACUAAAAGAAACAAUCGAUCUUUUUUUUUAUCGCCGACACUAGAUUGGUCAAAGUGAAAUUAUAAAAUCCGUCUUUCAUCUCAGCUCUACUCAGAGCAUACUUGCGAUAACAUCAGUAGUGCUAUCAAUAAUAUUACAAUUUUUGAUGAUGUGGUAUUAAUGCUACAAAUUCCAUACUUUUGUCACAAAAAGAUUUCUUAUCGAUAGCAAAAGUUGCAAUCGAUAGUUUUUGCAUAGCAACGACAGAAGGUUGAUAAACAUAAGGUCAUCUCAAAUCAAUAACUCAAUCAAGCGCGAUAACUCUGCUCAAAAAUUAGCAUAAUUAAAAGGAACAAUCGAUAGUUUUCUCUUAUCGCAAAAUCAAAAAUUAAUCUCAACAAGUGUGACAACUCUACUUAGCCAACACUGUCGAUACCAGCGCUAGUGCUAUUGAUAACUUGGUAGCGCUAUUAAACAUGAUAUAAUUUCGUGUUCUUUUCCUUUUAGCAUUAUAUUCCUACCCACUAACUUUCCAGCCCCGAUACCUUUUUUGAGAUAUUAUCUUGAAGUAGUGAUAAGUGACUUUUAUGGGUUUUUCUUUUCAUUUUUUUUUUUGGAGCACUGUUUUUUAUUCGCAUAACUGAUUUACAAAAUGUGUUAUAUGUAAUAAAUGAAUACACUUUUAAGAGCUUUUAAGAUGAACAUUGAAAAAAACGAAGUUAUAUACAUAGGUGUAAUGAGAAAUGCGAAGAAUAACUGUAAAACUAGCCAACAAUUUGCUGUUUUACAUAUUGUUUUUUUUUUUAGUGUAGCCUAAAGAAUUUUUCUUAAAUGUUUUGUUGCAAUAAAUUGACUGAAUGUAUAACAAAUAUAUAAACCUUAUAUAUAACUAAAUAUUUGAAAACAAAUAUAUAUAUAUUUAAAUAGUUAUAUACAUAUAAAUAUAUAUUAAUAAAUGUCUAUUGUAAAUGCAAAUCAUAAUAGAAGUAACAGUGUAUGUUUGUAAAUGUGUGAGGAAAGGAAAUUUGUAAUUGGAAACGCGCCCAAUACUUAAAACGUACAACAACAAUUCCCAAAAGACAAUUGUUCAAUUGUUGCAAAAAAGGCUCAAUUUAAUUUAAAACGAACAUUUUAAGAAUACUAAGUACAAGUAUAUGUAUGUAUCAGUUUAUUUUGAAGGAGCUGCACACAAAGUCCGUCCUGUGUGUACGUCUAUUAGCCCAUUAUAUAUUUCUUUUCUAGUUCUAUUUUAAGUAGCUUCCGAAAAUUGUAAUCAAUUUUAUGUUGCGCGUUAUUUUUUAACAAAAUGAAGACAAAAAACAAAAUGGCUGACAAUAAAUAUUUGCACAGUGCAUAAGUGGAGAACAGAAAGGGAAAUAGAAAGAAAAAUACAAACUUCGUUCGGCAAAGCAGAAAGUUGUGCGCCCUAUGGGGUAACCAUCUAACCCCUCACCCCAACACCCUCACCAUCUAUUUUUUUAUUUUAUUUUGUAAAGCGCUUGACAUAUGAACUUGGCAAGCUUUCUCAAAAUUCCCUUUGAUCCCCUCUCUCUUUCACUGUCUCUCCCUCAAUCUUGUGACAGCUUAAAAAGUCCAAAAAUAUUAUACUUACUAUAUAUACAUGCGUAUAUAUUGUAUGUUAAGAAGUGUUGAGCAAAGUCUAUAUAUACAUAUAUGUAUAUACAUUAUGUGCGUGUGUCUGUAAAUCCGUAAGCUAGAAAUAAAUGUGAAACGUAAACUAUUUCCCUAGACCUGUAAGAGCUUUUUUUUUUGUAUAACUAUUAAUGUGCAUUCGAAUUGAUGUGCAGUCAAGAUUUAGAAGAAAAAAAAAUAAUAAUAAAGAGAUACACUCAAAGAAAAGGUGUUUUGAAUAAUUUAGGUAAGGAGGGCAGCGUGCUUGCAGCUGACAGACAAUCAAAGCUCAAAGAAAUGCAAAAACUUAUAACCAACUGAAUUACAAGAAUAGACAUUUAAAUGUGUUAGCGAGUGUUAAGAUGAACAAGAAGAAGAAGAAGAAGCUGUUUGCGCACACACGCUGCAUUUUGGAAAACGAAACGAAAAACAAUGGAAUAUGUGUAUGGAAGUGAAUAAAACUUAACUUUAUAUAGUAUAUAUACAAAUAUAUACAUUAAUCACAACCACUUUAAAAUAUACAUAUAUACAUAUAGUAUAAAUUAAAUCCAAAACAAAGCGUGGAAUAUACACAAGAACGGUAGGUUAAGCGAAAUGUACAAUACACUACAAAUAAAGCAGCGAAAUGAUAAAUGUGUAUAUGAUAUACAAGAAUAUGAAAAACAGAACACUAUGGAGAAAUACAAAAAAAGAAAUUUAAAAUAAAAAAACUAUGCAAAAUGUAAA